AUGGCUCCUGCUGCUACAUCCUCUCUUCCAACUGCUCCUCAUAACCUUGCAGGGCCCAUCUCAUGGGAUCUAUUUCCAGAUGGACUAAAAACCACUGGCCAACAUCCCCCACUCUACGACCACAUCAUCCCCUUCGAAAAGUUCCCUAAACAAAUUACCGGCCCAACAGUCUGGAAGGCCGAGGACUACCGCGAGAACCCAGAAAAAUGGACGCACGUCUUUACCCAGGACCAGAUCGAUGAGCUGAGCUCAGCAGCGGAUGCUUUCCUUGCGUCCAAGACCCCGCUGACCGGAAUCUCAAAGACCAACUUCCAACUCCCCAAUCUAGCAGCUUACCUACAAGCCCUACGGGCAGACCUCAUUGACGGCAAGGGCUUCAUCCUCUUCAAGGGCUUCCCCGUCGAGAAAUGGGGCAACCACAAAUCCGCCGUGGCAUACAUGGGUCUCGGCACAUAUCUCGGCUACUUCGUCAGCCAGAACAGCCGUGGCCACGUCCUCGGCCACGUCAAGGAUCUCGGGGAGGAUUCGACCCAGAUUGACAAAGUGCGCAUCUACCGCACCAAUGCUCGCCAAUACUUCCAUGCCGACGACUCAGACAUCGUCGGCCUUCUCUGCAUCGCCAAGGCCCUCGAAGGCGGCGAAUCAGAUAUCGUCUCCUCCCACCACGUCUACAACGCACUCGCCGUAGAACGUCCAGACGUCCUCAAGACCCUCACCGAACCAAUCUGGUACUUCGACCGCAAGGGCGAGACAAGCAAGGGACAGGAAGAGUACAUCCGAACCAGCGUUGUCUACCUCGAGCGCGGCGAGAACGGCCGUGUCUACACAAAAUUACCAGAUGGGACCCAUACUAUGUCCGCUCUCUCGGCCGUUUUAGCGACGCAGGAAUCAUCCCCCCCGCUGUCAGACGCACAACAAGAAGCCCUGCGCGUACUGGAAGAAACAUGUGUACGUUUGUCAUUGCACAUGGUCCUUGAUAUCGGCGAUAUUCAGUUCUUAUCAAAUGCGCACGUCCUGCAUGCCCGCACCGCGUACACGGAUCAUGCGCCACCUGCCCCACGCCGUCAUCUUAUGCGUCUUUGGUUGGCGACGCCUGAGAAUGAGGGUGGAUGGAAGUUGCCUUUCUGGGAUAGUAAUGAGAAGAAGAGAGGCGGGAUUCAGGUUGAUGAUCAGGUUCCUGUUGCGCUUUUGGAUGCGGAAUGA